ACAAAACAAAACAAAUCACCUUCUAUUUCUGGUUAUUUGGGGGGGGGGAGGGGGCGUUGGAGAGAGAAGGAGAUGAACUCUAACUUCAUAUAAAUUAAACCUGCAGCAGCAACUCAACCAAGGCAAUUGCAUACGAUGUAAAAGUACGUUGCAAAUCCUAAGGUUAAUUACAUUCCUUCUGGUAUACAAACAACGAAAACUAUCUUCUCUGUCAAGCCUCCCCAGUUCACGCUAGUUAGAAUUCAUCUGAUUCGUACCCAAUAUUCAUAUCGCUAAGGUAACACAGUCGACUGUGUACGAGCGUAGGAACCAGUUUGAACUAGCGUACCAAGUGCUUACAGUUAUGCUUGAAAGAACCUAAUCUAGAAGACUCGUCCCAACUUGUGAGUAACAAAAGAUCUCUUCUCAUCCUAAUCAUUUUUUUUUCUUUAAAUAGCAAUUGGCGACCAUAAAGCUAAGGCUUCUAUCUCCAAUUAUGUCGCUUCAAAUCCUCCCCUAAGGCAGCAGAAAACGGUGAACCACCACCCUCGCCACGAGUACAGCGAGAGCCUUCCAUCUUCACAUUCCCUUGCGUCCCUCGACUCCUAAACUCGAUCGCCCCAGGUAACAAACGCCUCUGUGGGCUGAGUUCUGGCUCCAGCCGCCAAACGUUGGUGCGGCGCCCUCAACACCCUGCUAAAAAGACUCUGCAGAGAGAGAUCGGAACCGUAACUUUCCCAUGAGGCGGCAAAACAAAAACAACUAGGAAAAGUAAAACCAACCAGCGGAGAACGGCUCUGCAAGCAAAACCCCUAGCGCCUUCUUUACUUUCAGCAGGAGGCGGAAGCGGAAGUCCCAGUGAGGCCAUAGAGAUCUCUAGUUCCGGUCUCGCGGUCGCAUUCCGGGCUAGAGCGCCUCGCCUCGCCUCCGCCAGCCUUCUCCAAGCCCCGUGGUCUAUUUCCGGUUGCGGCUUCUGUCAUAAAGCGGAGACCUGCUUUCAAACGCUGUGUCGCGGGUCUCUGGCGCUUCGCAGGAGUCAGCGCGCUAGGACGGGAACAGGCGGGGGGGCUGCACUGCUCACAACUGAGCCUGACCGAGCGGACCCUCAGAGCCGCCUGGCUUUUGGAGCCUUUAAGAUUGAAGUCUAUGAUUGACAGCUUCCAGGACUGCGGCUCGAGAGUUCAGCGCUCCUUCGCCCGUACCUGUCCCCCUCUGUCACACGCUCUACCCUGUGAGGUGCAGCAUUAAUCAAGUCACCCCCUCCCACUCGCCACUGCCACCCGCGUCUGCGUCAACUUGGUUCUUAACCUCCUUCACCCAAGAACCCCUCCCCUCUGCCUCCGGAAAAGGUCUUUUUUUGCCUAGUUCUUGUAAAAUUAAGGGGGUAUCCUGCAGAAAGUUAUCUUCAAAACUGACACCAUCUGAUACUCCCCAAAAGUUCAUGCUUGCUAGGGAGUUUGUGUGCAAAGCAAAACCCAGUGCACACAGGAAACUAUGGCUGAACAUGGGGCUCACAUCACAACUGCUUCUGUAGUGGAUGACCAGCCAUCCAUCUUUGAAGUGGUAGCCCAGGAAAGUUUAAUGACAGCAGUGAGACCUGCUCUUCAGCAUGUGGUCAAGGUUCUUGCAGAAUCAAAUCCUGCCCACUAUGGCUUCUUUUGGAGAUGGUUUGAUGAAAUUUUUACCGUGCUGGAUCUUUUGCUCCAGCAGCAUUAUCUGUCUAAAACCAGUGCCUCGUUUUCUGAAAACUUUUAUGGCUUAAAGAGGAUUGUAAUGGGAGACACACAGAAGCUUCAGAGAUUGGCCAGUGCUGGUCUCCCAAAGAGGCAGCUCUGGAAGUCAAUUAUGUUCCUGGUUCUUCUUCCCUAUCUGAAAGUGAAGCUGGAGAAGCUAGUUUCCAGCCUGAGAGAAGAGGAUGAAUAUUCCAUCCAUCCCCCUUCUUCCCGCUGGAAGCAAUUUUACAGAGCCUUCCUGGCAGCCUACCCAUUUGUUAACAUGGCCUGGGAAGGCUGGUUUCUAGUACAACAGCUUCAGUACAUCCUAGGAAAGGCUCAGCAUCACUCACCACUGCUGAGUCUGGCUGGAGUUCGCCUUGGGAGGCUUACAGUUCAUGAUAUACAAGCUCUGGAGCACAAACCAGCUGAAGCCAGCAUGAUGCAGCAACCUGCUGGGAGCAUUGGUGAGAAGAUAAAGUCUGCUCUGAAGAAAGCUGUGGGGGGUGUUGCCUUGUCCCUCUCUACUGGCCUUUCUGUGGGUGUGUUCUUCCUGCAGUUCCUUGAGUGGUGGUAUUCAUCUGAAAAUCAAGAAACCAUCAAGUCAUUGACUGCCCUGCCUACCCCACCACCACCUGUACACCUAGACUACAAUUCUGAUUCUCCCCUGUUACCCAAAAUGAAGACUGUGUGCCCACUAUGUCGUAAAAACCGGGUGAACGACACUGUUCUCGCCACCUCUGGUUAUGUGUUUUGUUAUCGCUGUGUGUUUAAUUACGUGAGGAGUCACCAGGCUUGUCCCAUCACAGGUUAUCCAACAGAAGUCCAACAUCUAAUUAAACUGUACUCCCCUGAGAACUGAAAGGGGUUAGCACCUUAUCUCACAACAAAAUGAUUGUGCUGUUAAGGCCACAGGGCUGGUCUUCCACAUGGUAAAUAGCAUUGUUUGAUACUUCUCAUUCUCAGUAAUUCUAUGAACUUUAAGUAAUGACAUGGAUUUCUUUAAAAGGAUAUACUCGAUCUUAAUCUUUUAGCUUGCUCUCUAGACAUCCCGAGAGUUGACCGAGCUGGCUGGAGUGAGAGAAACAAGAUUGGCAGGGGAUGUGACGGUCAGCAUGGAGGAAGUAAAUAAAAGGAUACUUGGCACAGAAGCUUUGCCUGUCCCCUUCCUUAAAGAACAAGGGGUACAGAAGCUCUCAGGAAAACCUCCCCCAAAAAAGUGGGUGGUGAAGGGGAAGCAGGCCUUUUUAGAAAAGAAAGCAUGGGGAGUUCCCGUCGUGGCGCAGUGGUUAACAAAUCCGACUAGGAACCAUGAGGGGGCAGGUUCGGUCCCUGCCCUUGCUCAGUGGGUUAACGAUCCGGCGUUGCCGUGAGCUGUGGUGUAGGUUGCAGACGCGGCUCAGAUCCUGCGUUGCUGUGGCUCUGGCAUAGGCUGGCAGCUACAGCUCCGAUUCGACCCCUAGCCUGGGAACCUCCAUAUGCCGCAGGGGCGGCCCUAGAAAUGGCAAAAA